UAUAAAAAUACUAAACAAAUGGCCUUUCAAAGAGUCUGACUCACAAGGAGAAAUUCAUUCUAAAUAAGUCUGAGUCUCCCUUGAAUUCAUUCUGCUGGACAAAGCUUCCCAGGUCCAGUUCAUGUGUAACUCGUGUAUAACUUACUACAAAUACUUCAUCUCAUGAACACAGUGUGGGAUUUCAAAAUUCCAGCAUAACUGCGGUUGCAACGGACAAAGUGUUAGUGUGGAAAUUGCAAUAGCCUCCAAGGAAUCCAUCUUGUACCAAACUCUCUAUAUUGAGUAGAGUUGUUUGAACUCCAGAUAAGGAAAAAACACCAUGUUUCAAUAGUAGUUUGAACAUUCAGUUAUAAUAUCACUACUGAUCAUUAACUGUCUAACACUGUUGGUCGGUUACAAUAUGGAAAGUGAAGCUGCUCUGCAGCCAUAGUGGGAAUGAAAUGACCGUUGGUUGCUAUGGUUACACUGUUUGUUGUCAAGGUUAAUGAUAUGCUUGCCAUUGGCUGAGAAACAUCCCAUUAUGAUGUCAUAAACAGAAGAGACUCUGCCUGUUGCUCUCACCUGUUUGAUCAUUAGACUGCUGAGCGCUGUUGCUGCAACAUCAGAACUCCAGUCUUUUCACUUUUUACAUUUUUUACUUUUUCUUGUUACUUCAGAACUUUUUUUACUUUUUAUUUUUAACUUCAAAAAACAAUAAUGACAAAGGAAGAGAAAGAUAUUCGGAUAGAUAUGAAUGAUGAAGAAGAAACAGACGAGAUAAAUGCAGAAGAUCGUCCUUUCAUAAGGAGAUUCGGCAAGAUCAUGCUUGUACUUUUCAUUAGCCUCCUGGCUGGCUGCUAUUAUAUAUUUGUGGUGGAGCUGUGCAUAUUCACUGUACAGUUAUUAGAGGCAAAGGUGACCUUCCUGGUGAUUUUCCACCUUUUGUUCCUCCUGUGCGUGUGGUCCUAUCUCCGCACUGUUAUGACGCCUCCCGCUGUCCCUCCGGCGAAAUUCCGUCUGUCGGAGUGUGACAAGCAGCGGUACCUGAGUGAGAGAAAGCCAGAAGUGCUGCAGGAGAUCCUCGUUCGUAUGGCUAAAGACUUGCCUAUUUCUACUAAGGACUCAAAAGGAGCUUUUAGGUACUGUGACACAUGCCAACUGCUAAAGCCAGAGAGGUGCCACCAUUGCCCAGUGUGUGACAUCUGUAUACUGAAACUGGAUCAUCACUGCGUCUUUCUAAAUAACUGUGUGGGAUUUUCGAACUACAAGUCCUUCCUCCUGUGCGUGGUUUAUGCAUUGCUAUUGUGCCUAUUCACUAGCGCAGUGUCACUUUAUGGCUCCAUACUAUUCUGGACUCAUCAGCUGCCCAACACCCAAUCCAAAGUGCCGAUCAUUGUGCUGUUCAGCUUGAGCGCACUCUGCUGUGUAAUGUUAUUACUAUUGUUAGGGAUUCAUUGCCAUUGGGCUGUAGAUAAUAUCACUUCUAGGGAGGGUGAAAGUGGCACAUGGAAUGAACGUUAUGACUUGGGCUUGAGCAAGAACCUGAGACAAGUGUUUGGAGAUGAAAAGAAAUAUUGGUUCCUCCCAGUCUUCAGCAGCUUAGGAGAUGGCUAUACAUUCCCAAUGACUGAUGCCACAAAGGACAUAGAAAAAAAUGCUGCUGCUGUUGCCAAAGACAUUACUGAGAGCCAGAACUGAAAAGUCACUGGAUUGACAGUGACCACAGGGAAGACUACGAGGAAGAA